AUGGACUAUUCAGUAGCACCAGAACUGGAAGAGUUAACACUAUGCAGGAGCUGCAAAUUGCCAUUUAACGAUCACGAUGCCGUACCGAAAUUACUUACAUGUCACCAUUAUUUUUGUCUCAAAUGUGUCAAUCAACUGCUACGUAAAGGUAACGAUGAACUUUAUUGUAGCGACUGUUAUAAUCGCACCGAUUUACAAGGACCAGAGUCCAAACCCGAAAACCUUCGCACAUAUAAACCAAUCUUAUAUUUAACACAAAAUCUAAAUACGCUUAAUUUUAAAAUCAAAUAUCAACGUUCCUCGUCGAUAACUUCGAAUGGCUCGAAUGGCGGUAGUUUUGGUAGCAACAACAACAUUCACAUGCACGCCAACACAAAUGGCAGCAAUGGCAAUUUGAAUUGCACUGCCAACAGCAGCACCAACCUAAACGAUAAAAUGAAGAUAGGCGAAAAUUGUCUGACCCAUGCAAUGCCGAAUACUUUAUGGUGCAAUGCCUGCAGUAUGUUGCUAUGCCGUGCCUGUGCUGCCACUGAGGAGCAUCGCUCACACGCUGUCAAGAAUCAGUUGGAGGCAAAGGAAGCACUGCACAACGAUAUCACAAACGAGUUGAAGACUAUACAGAAUACGUUGAAUGACAUGCAGCGCUUGGUAUUGAAACAACGUGAUUUUUUGCUCAAAAUACUUGAGAGUUGCACUAUGCUUAAGACACAAAUCGAAAGCGAAUUAAUCAAUCACAUACCGACUUUGGAGUUUGCCGAAAUGCAUGAGAGUUUGAGCAAAGCACGUUUAUGCUUGGAAAUGUGUGACAAGCAAACACCAGCCGAGGCAUUGAAACUUUUUAACACGUUGCAUACUGAAAAGCAGCGUUUGACAGCAAAGUAUCAAGAAAUUUUCUUACAGUGUAAGCUCGAUGACUUGAUACGCAAUUUUGGCUUUGUUUUCGACUUCGACUUGAUAAAGCAAGCCCUAAUACAGCUGCACAAUUGCGCGGUCAAUGGAGGAAAUUUCGAUAGUUUCGGUGUUGGGCUUAAUGGUGUCAAUGCGAUGCCACAAAAUCCAGUUUUAUUACUGGCCAAUUAUUGCAUAUCUCAAUUAUAUUCACGACACAUGUUAGUCUUAAAACAACAACAACAGCAAGCGCAACAACAGCAACAACAGUUACAACAACAGCAAUUACUCAAUAAGGGAUUACUCACUUCAAUGAUCUCACACAAUAAUCUGUCAUCGAAUUUAAAUGGCACAAUCACUAGUAGCUCAUUUGCACAUGCCACAUAUGCACAAGCAUUGCAACAGAAUCAACAAUCAAUCACAACAGUACAGCAGCAGCAGCAGCAGCAGCAGCAACAACAGCAGCAGCAACAACCAUCACACAACAACGAUUCCCCUGUGUCCAAAAGUUAUGCUGAUAUCACCACAACAAAUAAUAAAUCGAAUUUACAUGCUCAACAACAGCAACAGCAACAUCAACAAUUAUUGCAACAGCAACAGCAGCAGCAGCAGCAGCAACAAACGUCCAAUGGUUUUCCGGAGCUUGCACCCAUCGGGACGCCAGCCUCAAACAAUAAUGUCACAACGGUCGCACGUAAUACCACGUCUCAACUCUUCGCCGGCAACGAUUUAAGUGGUUUGGGCUUAAGUUUGUUGCAUUUACAACAUCAAGCACAAACCCAACAGCAGCAGCAAACCAAAUCUUCAAUGCUGCUAAAUCCGACUGUGCACGUUUAUCCAAUCUACUACUUCAACAUCGAAAUUAAUGGCCAACACAACGGACGUAUACUGAUUGAGGUGCGCAGUGAUGCGGCACCGAAAAUGGCAAAGAAUUUUAAUGCCUUAGCAACACACGAGCUGGGCUAUGGAUAUAAAGGUUGCCAUAUCUUUCAGUGUUGGGAAAACGAGAGCAUUAUCACAGGUGACUUUGAACUUAACAAUGGACGUGGCGGCCGUUCAGUAUACGAUGAAGGCUACUUUAUGCCUGAUGAUACGAAAAUUUUGGCAAUACGCGGUUCGGUUGGCAUGCGUCGUAGUCAAAAGCGGCACGAUAAUUUGGGUUUAGUUGGUUCACAGUUUCGUAUAAUUUUAAGGGAAAUGCGUGGUUUUACUGGCAUAUUCGCAUUCGUGGUUGAGGGGUUGGAACUAGUUGAGAAAAUAUCUCAAACGGGUGAUGCAACUGGUAAGCCACAAAGUAGUGUUGUGAUUGCUAGUUGCGGCAAGUAUCAGUUGGGUUAAUGGUGCGUAAGGGAUGUCAUUAAAUGAAACGAGUACAUUUGAUAAAGCAGAGACGGAAACGGAAAUGGAACGAAAAACAAAAGCAACACAUAAAAAUUUAUAAGUUGUAAACAAUUUCACAGUUUG